UUAAGGGAUGGCCCCUUUAAUGAUCAUUCACGUUGUAUCAAUGUAUGAUUUGAAACACAGGACCGGCCGCGGCAAUUGGCUCCACACAUUUGUCAUCAGUAAAAACGGGUUUCAUUGGCCCAUUCUGCAAAUUUCCAGCCUUCCACCACAAAACAGAAAUGCUCGGAUUCUGAUGUUAACAUUUUUUUUAAAAACGUUAAUGACAAAUGCACGUCGAGGCUGAUCAGGCGGAGCAAGUGCUUGAGACUGUGAUGUCGGUGGAUUUGUGCGCCAUCUCUCCGGGAGGUGACAGAGUUGCUUCUGCUGCCGACCAGGGGGGUUCCUCCGUCAUCUCGGGGCUCCUUCUCCACCUGCUGUCUUCCGCCAGCCCAAGGUCGGUGGGUGCCGGUGAAUUCCUCUCCGUUUUGGCAGUCCGCCGUUACCUGGGCGAAGCGUCCGGUGAAGCCGGCCCUGGUGCUGCCCCCUGCUACCUGUACGAUGUAACAGUGACCGACGGUAACUGCCGGCUCAGGUGCCACCUGUCGCCCCGGCUCAACCCGCUGGUGCAGCGGAACUGCGUGAGGGCCGGCUGUGGUAUCCGCAUCACCCGCUGCAGCCUGGUCUACGAAGAGAAGAGGCUGAACCGCUGUUUCCUGCAGAUCGAGGCGCUGGAGCUGGGCGGGACGGAGCACCAUCCCCAGAUGGACACCAAUGCCCCGGGCUGUGCACCUCUCCGCACCCUCGCCUCCACCCAGCGGGGAAGGGUCUUACUGGCCACGAUGCUCUCUGCAACUCCCGUGAAAGGCGGGAGGACCCAUUACUUACCCCUGUGGAAUAACACCGACCCCAGCGGCCCAGAAUGGAACUCCACGAAGCACUCACCUGCCCCCGAGGGUCAACUGGAUGCAGCUUGCAGAUUCAUUUCUCUCCAACACCUGGCCAGGACGUGGAGGACAAGGGUGGACUUCCCGCACCUUCUGGUCCGGGUCAUGUACAAGUCCCGGUUACGUUACUACGGGAGGCCCAGCACCAAGGUGGACUUUCCCUAUCAGGCAUACCUGGAAGUGGCCGACCACUCUGGCAUGAUGCCGGUGGUACUGUGGAACUCGUUGUGCCGAGAAUGGUACCAGUCUCUACACGUUGGCACGGUGUUGCUGCUCCAUCGAUACUCUGUCAAGCAGGGUUACCAGCAAAGGACCUGGGCCACUCACUGUGACUCGCAGGUGAAGAGUUUUCGCUUUGUAGAGAUCUGCCUCAAUCCACGGGAACCUCGCACCGAAAUCCAGAUUGUGCCGACUAAGCAAGUUAAAGCUGAGUGGAGGCUGCCUGACAUCAAGUAUAAUUUCAUCACAAGAGUGGAGUUGGACAAAAUGCCUGACCCUUGCACCUGUGAUGUCAUUGGAGUGGUGACCUUUGUGGGAAGAUGUCAAAGAAGAAGAAAAGAAGAGGGCAGCGAGGAUUUCUACCUGUACCGCUGGGUACAUGCUGUAGAUGGCAGCACCCAGCAACCUUUCAUCCUUGAACUCUUCGCAACUUCACAGCCUGAAACAUUUCAACAAAUUCACCCGAUGACCUACCUGGUGUGCACGCAGAUGAGAGUGGUUCGAGAGUUCGGCAUUUCCUACCUCACAACCUCCAAUGAAAGUCAGAUAUACAUCUCAGGCCUUCACAAAGGACAGCCGUACACUCAGGACCCGAAGGUGCAGGCCUUCAUUCAGUGGGUGAAAGGGCAACACGAGAAGCAGUUGCUGAAGAAGUCUGUCAUGGGUGGCUACUACUCAUUCCCUCCAGCCCCGAGCUUAUUUCAAGAUUACUGUAAAAACCUGAGCGAUGAGGCAGUGUUGACCUCCGCAAGCGACCUGAAGAAGGUGAUUGCAAGCUUGCAUUACAGGGAACACCGGCGGAUCGCGUUGCAAGCCACCAUUGCUGCAGUUCGAUACAUUGGACUCACGGAGUUGGUGGAAGGACAGGGAACUGACCACGUACAGAAUGCGCAAGACAUUUCGGGUCCCUCGCUGAAGGAAGACAAUGUUUCCUCACAGUUGUCAUCAGAACCAGUCCGAUCCGGGGAACGUCCAGAGAAAGACCUGAACCAGCCGGCAGAGAGGCUUCGGACCGUGCCGACCAAACCCCAGCGGAGGUGUCAGUCACCAGUGCUCAAUCACUACGCAUUAAGACGCAGAUAUCCUUUGAGGAAUUCACAAAAGACUGACAACAGCAAAGGGCAAACAUCAAGGAUGUCUAGGAAGAAGUUUCCGGAGGCACCAGGCGUAAUGAGGAAGAGAAAGCCAGCGAGCAGAUCGAGGGCCGGGUUACUGAAGAGGAAGGCGUCCGAUCGUGUUCCUGAUGACACCGUGAAUGGCAAAGGAUUCUCACAAGCUGCAGAGGAACCUGUGGCGGCUAAUAAAGAUUCAGAUGAAGAUGCGAGAACUGAAGAGACGGAGAUGAACAGCACCUCUCGAUGUACGUGGGAAAGCACUCUGUGGCCAGAGAUGAAGGAACAUCUGUCAGUGCACUUACAGUUUGGUCAGCUCCUUUCCGAGAGUGUUCCUCGGACAUUUGACUACAAACAUAGAGACUUUCUGAUGCAGCGGUGUAACCUUCAGCCUGCAGAGUACAAGGCAGACGCAGUCACCUCUAGCAUGGACCUUGAGAGAUUUGGACCAGCCUGUGACCAUGGUUACUACAGUGUGACAAUCAUUGGUAUCAAUCACCAGGUCGCCAUUGACGUUGUAUUUCGACCGUCCAUGAAGAGUCAUGAAGGACUCUGCACGUUGGGUCAUCCGAUGGAAAGCCAUGACAACAGGCUGGCCUCCAUUUUGGCCAGUGGAUACAUCUGUGAUGAACAAUCCACCAGUGGCAAUCAGCAAGAACCAGCGUCUGCCUCUCCAGAUCACAUUGUAAGAACCGCAGCCGAUCUGGACAACCUGCACGUCAUCUGCAUCAUGGACCUUUGCCAUCACGGUGGGGACAACUCUGAAGCAAUUUUAAACAAAAUAUACAUGGUGACUGAAUAACACCAUCAACUCUUCAAUAUCCAUUCCUAGUUCAUAGAUUCUAGACUUUGCUCCGGGUCUUACCGCUCGAGUUACCACCUCGAUAUAACUAUCAACAAUGCGCACUAUAGAAAAUAUUUGCAGUAAUAUUUUAUUUUAUGUGAUUUUUUUUUACCAAUGGGUGUGUAUGUAUUCAGCCUUUAAUCUCUCAAAUAAAUCUCUGUAUUAAAUAGA